UUCCUCGUUAUUAGAUAUGGCGCUUCCCGUGCUGAGAGGUUGUUACAGGUUCCCAUCAUCAUUUAGCUUCACUCGUCUGUUUUUUAAAGAACACAUUAUCCUAAAACGGCACGAUAAAACGCGACUGCCUCCCCCACCACCUGUAUGUGGGGCAGCAGCAACGGUUCGCUCUUAUUCCUCCGACCGGGAUGGAAAUAAGCAGAAUCAGAAGGUGGUGGUCGUCGGCAUUCCGAACCCCUUCAUCUGGUUCCGCACACGGAUUUACUAUUUUCUGAUCAGAGCGUACUUUGACAAAGAGUUCAGCAUUGAAGAGUUCACGGAGGGAGCGAAGCAGGCCUUCUCCCAUGUCUCUAGAAUCCUUUCACGGUGUCAGUUUGAAGCACUGGAAGGGCUCGUGGCCAAAGACCUGAUUGGAAAACUAGAGGAAAAGUGCCACCUGCUGCCACUGAGCUACAAGAAAGCACUCUCUGCAGACCAUGAUGACAUCAUGUACACGACACCAGGAGAUGUGGGAAUCUACUAUGAUGAUAAUGGGAGGAAGUUUGUCAGUAUUCUGAUGCGCUUCUGGUAUCUGACUAGUGCAAACCUUCCUGAUGAAACUAUAGAGGGAGCUCGAAUCUUCAAGGUUGCCAUUGGUGGAGAGGGAGAAACGGAAAAAAAAAGACUGCUAACUGCAAAUUAUGAAUUCCAGAGGGAGUUUACUAAAGGAGUGCUACCAGACUGGACCAUUACAAGGAUAGAGCACUCUAAGCUUUUGGAUUAAGCUGUGUUUUGUUUUGUUUUUUUAUUUUAUGCACACAUGCCAGUGAAAACUGGUCAAAGACAUUUAAUACUCUUCAGUAUUUGGUUUCAUGAAAAGACCCGAGAUUAGCCACACAGCCUCUCAUGGGGGAGUCAGAAGACAACACAUAAUCAGACUUUGAUUCAUCUUCUACGUGCUUUCUUAGAUGCUCUCCAGACACGUCUGCAGUGUGCCAGUGGUUCUGAUUGCUUAUCACAAACAGACACUAAUAUUUAAUAGUUACUGUUAAUAGUUAAUAGAACUGGUUUCUGGACACUUGCUUUGAGAAGGAAUCAAAAACUGUAAUAGUUGCUUUUUUUUCUUCAAUUAAAUCUAUUUCACUUAUAUAAACUACAAAUCAUCACAGAACCUAAUGUCUCAGGACACUUAGACCAUUGCAGUCAUGGGACUCAGAGAAGCACCUGCAGGAAAUGCACUGUAUGUUGAACAGUGAUUGUUUUAUUAAAGCUUUGUGAAUCAAA